AACCUCUCUCACACAUACUUGCACUGCUUCCAUUCCCCACUCACCAUGGAAGCUAGUACUGGACUUUUUGCUGGUACUCCAAACAGCAAUGAGCUUGUGGUCAUCCAAGGACACGAUGAGCCUAAGCCUGUGAAGAACUUAGAUGGUCAGCUAUGUGAGAUAUGUAGCGAUUCUGUGGGACUCACAGUGGAUGGAGACUUAUUUGUAGCUUGUGAAGAAUGUGGUUUCCCUGUGUGCAGGCCAUGCUAUGAGUAUGAAAGAAGGGAAGGGACUCAAGUUUGUCCUCAGUGUCAUACAAGAUACAAGCGUAUCAAAGGAAGCCCAAGAGUGUUGGGAGAUGAAGAUGAAGAUGACGUGGAUGAUAUUGAACAUGAAUUCAAGAAUGAAGAGAUGCAGGAAGGGAAUAUUAUCCAUGGAGAUGAUGAUGGGAAUUCUAAAUCAACACCAGUAGGCUUAGCAAAGAGUGAGGUUGCAGCUGGAAGUAUAAAUCUUAAUGGAACUCUUACAGUGGAAGUGCGGAGACCAGGUGGCGAGACUAUUAUGGGAGACAUUGUUCGUCUAGUUGAAGAGGCACAAAGUAGGGAAGCUCCUGUACAGCAGUUGGCUGACAAGAUCCACAUAUGGCAUGGAGAGGAAAUGGUUCCUGCUAGGUUUGAACCGAAGAACAAGCCCAAUAUGCUUUCUCCAAUAGAUAUCUUUGUCACCACUGCGGAUCCAAUGAAGGAACCGCCUCUAGUUACCGCCAACACUGUUCUUUCAAUCUUGGCCCUGGAUUACCCUGCUGACAAAAUCUCAUGCUAUGUUUCUGAUGAUGGGGCUUCCAUGCUCACCUUUGAAGCUCUUCAAGAAACCGCUGACUUUUCCAGAAAGUGGGUACCUUUCUGCAAAAAAUUCUCUGUAGAGCCUAGAGCACCAGAAAAGUACUUCUCUGAGAAGAUAGAUUUUCUAAAGGAUAAGCUUCAAUCAACUUAUGUUAAAGAACGCCGUACUAUGAAGAGAGAAUAUGAAGAAUUUAAGGUGAGGAUAAAUGCACUUGUGGCUAAAUCCAUGAGAGUUCCCCCAGAAGGGUGGACUAUGAAAGAUGAGACAUCAUGGCCAGGAAACAACCCCAAAGACCAUCCAAGUAUGAUACAAGUUCUUCUUCCUCGCAAUGGAGGUAAUGAACUUCCCUGCCUUGUAUACACGUCUCGUGAGAAAAGGCCUGCAUUUCUACACCACAGCAAAGCGGGUGCAAUCAACGCCUUGCUUCGCGUAUCGGCUGUGUUAAGCAAUGCUCCUUUUGUGAUCAACUUGGAUUGCAAUCACUAUGUGAAUAACAGCAAAGUUGUGCGACAGGCCAUGUGUUUCUUCAUGGACAUACAACUUGGGAAUGGCAUUGGCUUUGUUCAGUUUCCAAUAAGAUUUGACAGCCUUGAUAGGAAUGAUCGAUAUGCCAACAAAAACACUGUUUUAUUUGAUAUUAACUUGAGGUGCCUAGAUGGAAUUCAGGGACCAUCCUAUGUUGGUUCAGGAUGUAUAUUCAGAAGGAAAGCCUUAACUGGCUUCGAUUCUCCAAAGACUUCAAAACGCCCAAGAACGGUGCAAGUACACUCAAAACAGGAUGAGAAUGGAGAAGAAACAAGCAUAACAGCAACAGAUGAGGACAAGGAGCUAUUGAAGUCACAGAUGAAUGAUGAGAAUAAAUUUGGAAACUCCACACUUUUUAUGAACUCUUCAGUAACAGAAGAAGGUGGUGUUGAUCCUUCUUCCAGUCAAGAAGCCCUACUUAAAGAAGCCAUUCAUGUCAUGAGUUCUAAAUACGAAGACAGAACUCUUUGGGGAUAUGAGGUGGGUUUGAGCUAUGGAUCUAUAGCAGCAGAAACAUUGACAAGUUUGAAGAUGCAUUGUCGUGGCUGGAGGUCUGUGUAUUGCAUGCCAGAGAGAGAUCCAUUCAGGGGCACAGCUCCUAUCAAUCUCACAGAUAGACUCAACCAGGUGCUUAGAUGGGCAGUGGGAUCACUUCAGAUUCUAUUCAGCCGCCAUUGCCCACUUUUCUAUGGCUUCAAUGGAGGAAGACUCAAGGGCCUCCAAAGAAUUGCCUAUAUAAACAGCACUGUCUACCCGUUCAGCUCAAUACCCCUCCUAAUAUAUUGCAUCAUUCCUGCCAUCUGCUUGCUCACUGAUAAAUUCAUCACACCAUCGGUAGGCACAUUUGCAAGUCUAGUCUUCAUUGCAUUGUUCAUCUCAAUCUUCGCCUCAGCGAUUCUUGAGUUGAGGUGGAGUGGAGUUAGCCUCGAGGAGUGGUGGAGAAGCCAGCAAUUCUGGGUCAUUGGAAGUGUCUCUGCAAACCUCUUUGCCGUUAUGCAAGGCAUCAUGGGAGCCCUACCACUAGGCAGAGUGAACACAAACUUCAGCAUAGUCUCAAAGGCACCAGAUGAUGUAGAGUUUCGUGAACUCUAUGCCAUUAGAUGGACAGCACUUCUAAUACCUCCAACCACCAUCAUAAUAAUCAACCUCAUUGGUGUUGUGGCUGGCUUCACUGAUGCCAUAAACAGUGGUGAACACUCUUGGGGUGCAUUGCUUGGGAAACUCUUCUUCUCUUUGUGGGUCAUUGUGCAUUUGUACCCUUUCCUUAAGGGUCUAAUGGGAAGGCAGAACAGAACACCAACUCUUAUUGUCAUAUGGUCUGUGCUAUUGGCCUCUAUCUUCUCCUUGGUUUGGGUCAGAGUUGACCCUUUUGUGUUGAAAACUAAGGGGCCUGAUGUCAUGCAAUGUGGUAUCAGUUGCUGAAUCUACAUCUUCUCAAGACUCAUUUAUGUUGUUUCUUUACAGAGAUGAAUAAUGGUAGAGCGAAAAGUUUUGUGAAACAGAAAAAUGUUGCAACUUGUCCUUUUCUUUUCUAUUUUGCUUUUUCAUUGAAUGGAGGAAAUGGAGGGCAGUGUACUUAAUUUUGUAAGUAGAAACAGAAGUGUUACAUGGGAUUUUUCUGGAUUCAAAUGAUAUAUAUCAAAACUUCAA